GCGGGCAGCGCGCCCUCGGGCUGGAAGCGGCCCGGGUCUCCGCCGCCCAUGGCCCUGAGCAAAGGGCUGCGGCUGUUCGGACGCCUGGAGGCCGCGGGGGAGAGCAGCGUCCUGCUAGAGGCGCGCGGCCGCGGCGACUGCCUGCUCUUCGAGGCCGGCACGGUGGCCACGCUGGCUCCGGAAGAAAAGGAAGUCAUUAAAGGACAGUAUGGCAAGCUCACAGACGCUUACGGCUGCCUGGGGGAGCUCAGGUUAAAAUCUGGUGGCACUUCCCUGAGCUUCCUGGUAUUGGUGACAGGCUGCACAUCUGUGGGCAGAAUUCCAGAUGCCGAAAUCUACAAAAUCACCGCAACCGAUUUUUACCCUCUUCAGGGAGAGACCAAGGAGGAGGAGCGCCUCACAGCCUUGAAGAAAAUCCUCAAUUCGGGGGUGUUCUAUUUCUCGUGGCCCAACGAUGGGUGCCAUUUCGACUUGACUGUUCGGACACAGAAGCAGGGUGAUGAUAGCUCGGAGUGGGGGAGUUCCUUCUUCUGGAACCAGCUGUUGCAUGUGCCCCUGAGGCAGCACCAGGUGAGCUGCUGUGACUGGCUGCUGAAGGUCAUCUGCGGGGUGGUGGCCAUCCGCACAGUGUACGCCUCUCACAAGCAGGCCAAGGCCUGCCUCAUCUCCCGUAUCAGCUGCGAGCGCGCGGGUGCACGCUUCCACACCCGGGGCGUGAACGAUGAUGGCCAUGUGUCCAACUUCGUGGAGACAGAGCAGACGAUUUACAUGGAUGAUGGCGUGUCGUCUUUUGUCCAGAUCAGAGGCUCCGUUCCGCUGUUCUGGGAGCAACCAGGGCUUCAGGUUGGCUCCCAUCGCCUGAGACUCCACAGAGGCCUGGAAGCCAACGCCCCUGCUUUUGACAGGCACAUGGUGCUUCUGAAGGAGCAGUACGGGCGGCAGGUGGUUGUGAACCUGCUGGGGAGCAGAGGCGGCGAGGAGGUGCUCAACAGAGCCUUCAAGAAGCUGCUCUGGGCUUCUUGCCACGCCGGCGACACGCCUAUGAUCAACUUUGACUUUCAUCAGUUUGCCAAAGGCGGGAAGCUAGAGAAAUUAGAGCACCUUCUGAGGCCUCAGCUGCAGCUGCACUGGGAGGACCUGGACGUAUUCACAAAGGGCGAGAAUGUAAGUCCACGUUUUCAGAAGGGCACGUUGCGGAUGAACUGUCUUGACUGCCUGGACCGGACCAACACUGUGCAGUGCUUCAUCGCACUCGAGGUCCUUCAACUACAGCUCAAGAGCCUGGGGCUGAAUUCCAAACCCAUCAUUGAUCGCUUUGUGGAGUCCUUCAAAGCCAUGUGGUCUCUGAAUGGGCACAGCCUGAGCAAAGUAUUCACAGGGAGCAGGGCCCUGGAGGGGAAGGCCAAGGUGGGGAAGCUGAAGGACGGGGCCCGGUCUGUGUCCCGCACCAUCCAGUCCAACUUCUUUGAUGGGGUGAAGCAGGAGGCCAUCAAGCUGCUGCUGGUGGGGGACGUGUGCAGCGAGGAGUCGGCAGACAAGGGGCGGGCGCUGCUGGACAGCCCAGCCCUGCUGGUGACUCCCAGGAUCCUGAAAGCGAUGAUGGAGCGUCAGUCUGAAUUCACAAACUUCAAACGCAUUCGUAUCGCCAUGGGGACCUGGAACGUGAAUGGGGGCAAGCAGUUCCGGAGCAACCUCCUCGGGACCUCAGAGCUGACAGACUGGCUGCUCGAUGCGCCCCAGCUUGCCGGCGCAAUGGGGACCCAGGAUGACAGCAGCCCGGCUGAUAUAUUUGCUGUGGGGUUUGAAGAGAUGGUGGAACUGAGUGCAGGGAAUAUCGUCAAUGCCAGUACCACCAACAGGAAGAUGUGGGGUGAGCAGCUUCAGAAAGCCAUCUCACGCUCUCAUAGGUACAUUCUCUUGACUUCGGCACAGCUGGUGGGCGUCUGUCUUUAUAUCUUUGUACGUCCAUACCAUGUCCCGUUCAUCAGGGAUGUGGCAAUCGACACGGUGAAAACGGGCAUGGGCGGAAAGGCAGGGAACAAAGGCGCCGUGGGCAUCCGCUUCCAGUUCCACAGCACCAGCUUCUGCUUCAUCUGCAGCCACCUGACAGCCGGCCAGUCCCAGGUGAAGGAGAGGAACGAGGACUACAGGGAGAUCACACAGAAGCUCUGCUUCCCCAUGGGAAGAAAUGUUUUCUCUCAUGAUUAUGUGUUUUGGUGUGGCGAUUUCAACUACCGAAUCGAUCUUACUUACGAAGAAGUCUUCUAUUUUGUGAAACGCCAAGAUUGGAAGAAACUUUUGGAAUUUGAUCAACUUCAGCUACAGAAAUCAAGUGGAAAAAUUUUUAAGGACUUUCAUGAAGGAGCCAUUAAUUUUGGGCCGACCUACAAGUACGAUGUUGGCUCAGCUGCCUAUGAUACAAGCGACAAGUGCCGCACCCCGGCCUGGACAGACAGGGUUCUGUGGUGGAGGAAGAAGCAUCCUUUUGAUAAGACAGCUGGAGAACUCGACCUUCUGGACGGCGACCUAGAUGUUGGCCCCAAAGUCAGACACACCUGGUCUCCUGGUGCCCUCAGGUAUUAUGGCCGUGCAGAGCUGCAGGCGUCCGAUCACAGACCCGUGCUGGCGAUCGUGGAGGUGGAAGUACAAGAAGUCGAUGUGGGUGCUCGGGACAGGGUCUUCCAGGAAGUGUCCUCUUUCCAGGGCCCCCCGGAUGCCACUGUUGUAGUAAACCUUCAGUCACCCACCUCAGAGGAGAAAAAUGAGUUUCCUGAGGACCUGCGCACUGAACUCAUGGAUACCCUGGGCAAUUACGGGACAAUCGUCCUUGUCAGGAUCAACCAAGGGCAGAUGCUGGUGACAUUUGCAGACAGUCACUCGGCUCUCAGCGUCCUGGAUGUGGACGGCAUGAAGGUGAAAGGCAGAGCUGUGAAAAUCAGACCAAAGACCAAGGACUGGCUGAAAGGCUUGCGAGAGGAGAUCGUCCGGAAACGGGACAGCAUGGCCCCCGUGUCGCCCACUGCCAACUCCUGUUUGCUGGAGGAAAACUUUGACUUCACAAGUCUGGACUACGAGUCAGAAGGAGAUAUUCUUGAAGAGGACGAGGACUACUUGGUAGACGAAUUCAGCCAGGCUCUGGCCUUAGACGGUGAACUGGGAGGAGAAGACUUUCCUGGUGUCCCCAGCUCCACAGCAGUGGCUCCUCCCAGCACGUCACCUGUGCUCACCAAAAAGAAGCAGUGUCCCACGUACAAAGAUGACGCGGACCUUGUGGAGCUAAAGCAGGAGCUGGAAGCAGUUGGGAAUUUCCGACACCGUUCUCCAAGCAGGUCUCUGUCGGUCCCCAAUAGGCCUCGGCCACCUCACCCACCGCAGAGACCCCCCCCUCCAACUGGUUUCCUGGUGAAAAAGUCAGCGUCAGAUGUGUCCAUCUCCUCUGGCACCCAUGGGCAGUAUUCCAUUUUGCAGACGGCGAGACUCUUGCCAGGAGCCCCUCAGCAACCACCCAAAGCUAGGACUGGAAUAAGCAAGCCUUAUAAUGUGAAGCAGAUCAAAACCACCAACGCUCGGGAGGCGGAAGCAGCGAUCCGGUGCCUCCUGGAGGCCCAAGGAGGUGCCCCAGAAGAAGCCCUAAGUUCCCUGGCUUUGAGGGACAAAGUAUCUCCUGACCCAGAGCCCACACUGGGGGUGGCCAAGCCAGAGAUUCCCCAGGUACCCCCACUCCUGCCCCGGCGGCCGGCACCCAGAGUUCCUGCCAUCAAGAAGCCGACCUUGCGAAGGACAGGAAAGCCCCUGUCACCGGAUGAACAGUCUGAGCCGCAGACUGUCCAUUUUACAGUUGGGUCCCCAGAGACAAGCCUCGAAAACCCUCUUCUAGCUGAGGUCCCUCGAGUUCCUCCUGUUCCCAAACCAAGAACAUCUCAGCCUGGGAAAGGAGUGGACAGGAGACCAGUCAGAGGGAAGCCAGCGCCAGCUGAAGCUCCUCUCUUGGCAGAAGCCACCAUGCCACCACCUCUGGAGGCUCUGUCUCUUGCACCUAAGGUGCCUCCAAGGAGGAAGAAGUCAGCCCCGGCAGUCUUCCACCUGCCGAGCAGCAGCCAACCUCUCCAGGGUCUCACUUGUGGCAGUGGUGGUGGCAGCGACAGUGGCUGUGCCUCUGGAACCCCACCUGACAUAGGCGUUUUCUUCCCAUCCGUGGAUUUUCUUGGCACUUCACCUGCCACAAGCCCCGAAACUCAUGACACCAAAGUGACAAAGUCAGACACAGGCUCCCUUCUUGGGGACUAUCAAGAUCCGUUCUGGAGCCUCCUCCACCCUAAACUGCUGAGUAAUGCCUGGCUCUCCAAGAGCUCUGACCCUUUGGACUCAGGGACCAGGGCCCCUAAAACAGCACCCACAGACCCAGCGCAAGCCAGUGCUUCAGCUGCCAAGGUGGAGCUGCCAUCAGACUGUGGGCAACAAAAUUUAAGUCACUGGGUGACAAUCAGUGACAACGACAAGAGGACGGUGUUGCAGGUGUUUGACCCCCUGGCAAACACAUGACUGAGUGACUCAGAAGGCCCCUCUCACAGAGUGUGUCACUUCUUCCUCCAGGCAUCACUUAACUGAGUCAAAAGAGACGUCUAUUUAAAGGCACACUGAAAAAACUUCUGUGCACCUGUCACUCUUGUGUAGUUUACAAAAAUUCUGUCUCUCAUUCAGUAAGGUUAUUACACAGCCACCAAAAUAUGUUCUAUUCAAGACUUGUACAUUUUACAUUUCCUCUUAGGAGAAGGGGAACUCCUUUGAAAUUCAGUGUAUGGGCUCGGCGCCUAUAGCUCAACUGGCUAAGGCGCCAGCCACGUG